AAGAUAGUCUAUCGCAUGGAUUGUCGAUACUGCUCUGCAGUAAUCUGUCUACGAGGCAUGAGGGCCAUGCUCUUGGCGGACACUUCAAUAGAGCUCUACUCGACCGAUCACCCACCAGGAUCGGUCCAGCUAAUUGACAAAAGUUACACAACACCGAACUGCAAAUGUAAGAUUCGAGAUGUUGCCUGCCGCGUCUGUGGAAAUGUUGUCGGCUAUCAUAUUGCACAGCCUUGCCAGCAAUGUCUUAAAGCCCCCAACAACGGCCAUUUUUGGAUGUUUCACGCAGAGGAGGUGAUAGGCCAUGGGCGU